AUGAGGCUCGCGUUGGUUACUGCUACCAUUCUCCUGACGGCCGUUGCCGCAGAUACGACGACUUCAACAUCAGCAAAGACGACAUUGACGUCAUCGGCUAUUGUCUCUCUAAUACCUUCUACUUCGAUGGUAUCACAAGGUAGCACCGCUAAAAGUUCAAUUUCAGCUACAGAUAGCUCGGACGGCUCCUCGACUACAACUACGGCGUCUUCCACCCAAGCUCCUACCAAGACCUCCAUCUCAAGUGGCGCUGUAUCGAAGCAAACCGGUAUGGCUAUUGCUGGACUGGCCGUUGGCGUCGCGGCAAUAUUUGCUUAG